CCGCACAAAAUUAAAAAUCGGUUGGUCUCCCUCCCCUGCUCCCGAGGGCUCCCGCACCAGCAAAAGGCAAUGGUAGACUUUUUUGACCCGCUUCUUUCCUUGGAGGAAGACUACUAUCAAGAAGGAUAUGCCCAUGGUCUUGCUGACGGCGAGAAGGUAGGGAGAAUAGAGGGUCGGGUAUUCGGUCUUGAAAAGGGCUUUGAAAAGUUCUUGGAGCUUGGAAAGCUUCAAGGCCGGUGCUCGGUCUGGAAAGCGAGGCUAAAGCCAUUACAUACCCCCUCCGUUACUCCUAUAACCGCCCCACAUGGUGCAGAAAACAAUUUCCAGAUCACCAACCCAAGGGCUCAGAGACAAAUCGAAUCGCUAGCACUUCUACUCACACACCCACCUUUCAAGAACGACGGACAGUCUGUGGAGGAAGUCGAGGAGACUCUUAAGAGGGGCAAGGGGAAAGGAAAAGUCUUGAUGAAUAUGCUGAAUGAGAAGGACGAGCAGAAUGAUGGUAAAGCUGGCGGCGCAGUGGCAAGUGCGGAGGAAAGCAUCGAAGAUGCAGGAAGAGGUGCCCGCGGUGCUGGCAGAAUAUAACCCCCAUCAGAGCUAGUAAAUAUGACUGUAGUUCUACUGUAAUAUCUAGAAUUGUCCUCCCUCUGAAUGGAGAUAACUUUUACUCAAA